AUGGUUUCCCACACACGGUCUCGGAGCAAAGGCUCAUUCUCCAUCUUCUCCUUUGACACCAUCCGGUCAUUCAGUCGUGCUGGUUCUCGACAAGCGUCUCGGAUCCCCUCAAAGGAUGAACUGCGCGAUCGGACAGAAUCCAGUCUCUCUCAUCGAUGUGAUCCCAAUGACCAACCGCCAGCCUCCCCGGAGCCGAUAUCCCCUGACGAUGUCGUGGAGGGAUCUGUCAAGUCCACGUCAAAAUCACCACAAGGCCUGGGCAACCAUGAUGAAGGCCAACAAAUUCGGGGUGAAGCAGAGACCGCCGUACCGCAAUUCCACAGUACACGUCGUCGAGCACAUCGGCUGCGUCCCAAAUCGUGGCUGUCCUUUUCACGUCUAUCCUCCCAAAAUCAAUACCCUCGCAGCAUCUCCACUCAGCUGCCCAAGACUUCUUCUACCUCCACGGUUGCUCGCAGCGUCAUCUCUGCUCCCGUCCUUACCAGUACCACCAACGUCUCCGUGGCUCGUGCUGAAAGAGUCCAUUGUGGAGAAAUAUCUGAUGUGGCUUUUGCUCAAUCCACUUGGAACUCGCAGGUUGGCUGGGUUGCCACCAACAACCAGGACGCCGGAGAAUCGCCCAGUGACAGAUUAGCUUCUGAGGGAGCCCCUGGUGAGCGUCUCGAACGGGCUACCAAUCUGACAACGUCGAAACGAGGACGGAUUCUCCAGCUGAGGAAUGCCAUAAGGAGCAAGAUUCGAAAUGGGGCCUUACGCCCGCAAGGUAUCACGACACAACAGAAACAAAACCCAGAAACUCUUGGAGACGUAGAAGGCGACCAAGAUCCGACGUUGAAGAGAGAUUUGUCACGUCGGCGUGCAGAGACUUUGAACCUCUACAAAGAGAAGAUCAAAGGACUUACAGGGAAUGGCCACAUUCGACGCAAGUCUCUGAAUAACAACAAAGGUGCAGCAGAGUCAAGAGGCGGAGACUCUCCUCUCCUUGGCCAUGGCGACAUCAUAGACGUUCCCACGGCAGAUUUGGCUGCCGAACAUAGCGAUAGUGAGUCUGCCUUUGGCUCACUCACCAGAUCUUUCACCAGCGCCGUUGACAAACUUGAUUUCCACUCGACCCUGCCACGCAACAUGUCCUUCCUGAAGUCCAGGUCGUCCUUCUUUCAUUCAAAAAAAGGGGAAAAAGGGGGCGGAAAUCGAGAUGAAGCGAGGCAGCAAUUCCCACCGAUUUCGCCUUCCAGGCCAGCGCCUCCAGUAGCUCAAGUGAUAGCCGCUUCGUCUCAAUCAGAUCUCCUGGGGACAUUCGGUUCUGGAGCCCAUCCCAAAAAGCUAACCUCAGCACCACGGCCUGUUGGAUCACACAAACCUGAGAGUCAGGACUCCGGAUCCAACCAGGAAGACCACGCAUCCCAUCGCACUGCUGUUGCGCCAUUGGUGUUUUCGGCUGAAAAGAAUGGCUAUGUGCCCGCAGCCCCGAUAGCUGGAUACCCAAGGGGCGUCAACCCAUUGCGUAUGCAUCCACCUGCAGCAAUGGCUGUGGCGCCAUCGGUCCCAUAUCGAGCAGCACAGGCAUUGCCAGUUGACCAAGAUGCUCCUUCUAACCUCCCGCGGAGACACACGGCAACCCCCAACAGCGAGGACCGCGAAGGCUCAGAUACGGCUUCACUCGAAGAUGCCCCGAUCUACUCUCCUUCUCUCGGUGAUCUUAGUCAGUAUGCCCGCGAUACACCUCGCUCAACAAAAGCCGUCCCCACCGCAAGCAGUAGAGAUCAGCACGAGAGUUCGGCGUCGCCUCGAAGCCCAGUUAAGAAGGAUCUUACAAUCAAAGCACAAGCCGGUCCAUUGAAGAAGAGCAGGAGUGGUGUGGGAUUGUUCUCGAAAUCUAAGGCGGAAAACACAUCAACAACCGCAAAUCACACUGGAGGCCGGGCUGAAUCACCGGUGUAUCAGCGUGAUGGCAAUCAGCAGGGCAGCUCCGACAGCGGCAAAGGAAAGAUGGUGAAGAAAAGUAAGAGUUUGCAUUUUGGAGGACUUUUUAAGAGGAAGGAUCCGUCUGACCUGAUCUCGACCAUGGCAUCGUCCGCCUUUCAGCCAGCGACUCCUUCUCCACUUCGAAAGGUGAUGCGCUUUGGCAGUCAAUCGACACGAGGUGGCGGCAAUUCACCUACAGCGCCGUCGGCAAAGAAAUAG